AUGCAGAUGCUCGCCAAUGAACAUUACGACGCAGGAAUAACCGAGAUGAUUGGCCCUUGUGGUUUCGCUAUUUUCAGUGUUCUGUAUCCUCUUCCAGAAGGAAUCGUACCACACUUGGGCCCAUGGGAUUCAAAUCUUUGGAAGGUAGACUGCAGGUCUUUUUCUGAUCAACUCCAACUAUUUACAGACCAAGAUGAACUACAACUUCGAUGUUGCGACUUGCUCCUCGGAGAUAAUGAUACAAUGCAGAUGCUCGCCAAUGAACAUUACGACGCAGGAAUAACCGAGAUGAUUGGCCCUUGUGGUUUCGCUAUUUUCAGUGUGAGUGACAUUAUAUUUUUUAUGGCAGCGCUCACAUAUCGCGACAACGGUAUCGACGUCUGA